GAAAAAGAGACAGCCAAUAGACAAACAAGAGCCAUAAAAGAACAAGCCGAGCAGGAAAAUCUCAAAUCAGCCAUAUCCAACCAUUGCAAGAGGAAAUAUCACAUCAUGGAUUGGACCAAUGCCAGGGUCAUACAUGCUGAAAGCAACAAAUACCACCGCUGGAUCGGAGAGGCCAUCGAGAGCCGCAAGCGAGGUCCAAGAAGCAUGAAUCGGGAUGAGGGGGCCUACACCCUAUCACAUACAUGGGAUGCCGUUCUGGAGAAGACGUCAGACAGUAGGGUGCGUAAGUUCUCCCUGCUGUCUGGCCAAAUCAAGAAGUAGGAGCCUAUAAGACACAUCACUUCCCCAUCUUGUGACGCUUCUGAGGAAGGCUACAGGAAGUAGCCGAAACAUGUAAAGCAGUGGGACAGGGCCCUUAGAAGCAGUCACCGAAGGAUGAGGUGCUGCCUUCGCACCGCAGGAGAGGAGUGACAGGAAGGAAGAACAACAAGAGGUCAGAGACUCACCUGGAGGUUUUGGGGUGUCCUCACACUUACACCCUCUGACCAUGGACCCCUCCCCUUCUAUGAACAUGUUGUUGGUGAAUGGGAACGAGGGGCAGGAGCAGCGCCCCCUGCUCCCACCACGAAUACCUUGUCCACCUCAAGCCUUGCCUCCUCAGCGUGGAAUACACCACACGGUCCAAAGCGGUUUAGAUCACACGGUGUGGCUGGACAGAAACCAGGUCAUGGCCGUGACGCCUUUGUACAACGGCCACCUUUAUUUCACAGCGACACCUCGUUCCAGUUGGGCGACAGACAAAGCGAGAAUCAAAGACAAGAAAAUCGCCAAAAGGUCAGCGGCGAAUCGACAAAGUCCACGACACAAUCACCAGUGCAACUCCAAAUGUGCAAGUCCUCACAGACUCCAAGAGAAGGUCACCUCUUUCACUGACAUCCCCUUUACUUCUUGUGGGUCACCCUUCAAGACGCCCCACAGGUCACACUUUGACCCUAAAGACACGGACAGCAGACCCUACCGGAAAAGAGGCAACAUGUUGCUUGAGAUGCACCAACACCAGAGUCUGCCAGAGAUCAUCAUCACCAGCAGAGAUGACAAUCUGCACAACUACAAAAAGAUGCCACAGCUCCACCAGGACCCCACCCCGUCCGAGGCCAAAGGUGUGCUCCCAGGAGCAGAGCAACCGAAGCCAAGUCCCAACAGCAGCCCGAAGGUCAGCCCCACACACACGGCUGACGGCAAGGAUGAUUCCUACUGGAGGACCCACAACAUCGGCUGGCGGCUGGUCCGCAGGAGGGCGCUGUUUGUGAAGAGGCAGCGGCUGAACGACUGCGCCCUGGCGGUUGGGCUGUUCGGCGUCGUGGUGAUGGUGAUGGAGACUGAACUCUCCUGGAGUGUCUACAGCAAGAGCUCCAUCUACUCUCUGGCACUGAAGUCCCUCAUCAGUUUGUCGACCAUCAUCCUGCUCGGCCUCAUCAUCGCGUACCACUGCUCUGAGGUGCAGCUCUACCUGAACGACAUCGGGGCUGAAGACUGGCGGAUCGCCAUGACAAGCGACCGCUUGGUGCUGGUAGCGGUGGAGCUGACGGCGGCAGCCAUCCACCCGUACCCAGUGGGCUUGCUGGCGUACUUCAGGCAGAGCUUAGUGGGCGUGACGCUGUCAGAGACGGAGCUGGAGAUCGUCCUGGCUCUGCCUAUGUUCCUGAGGCUGUACCUGCUGGGCCGGGCCAUGAUGCUGCACAGCCGCCUGUUCACCGACACCGCGUCCCGCAGCAUCGGGGCCCUCAACAAAAUUCACUUCAACACACGAUUUGUGGGGAAAACACUCAUGACCAACUACCCCGGGACAGUGCUGAUGAUCUUCAGUGUGUCUCUGUGGAUUGUGGCAGCGUGGGGCCUACAUGUCUGUGAGAGACACCACAACUACAGAGACCUGAGCAGUAACUACAUGGAGGCCUUGUGGAUGGUGUCUGUGACCUUCUUGUCCAUUGGUUAUGGAGACGUGGUUCCUCACACCUACUGUGGUCGGAGCAUCUGCCUCCUCACCGGGAUUAUGGGGGCGGGCUGCACCGUGCUGGUGGUGGCAGUGGUCGCCCGAAAACUGGAGUUGACCAGAGCCGAGAAACAUGUUCACAACUUUAUGAUGGAUUCUCACAUCAGCAAGAGGAUAAAAAUCGCAGCAGCAAACGUGCUGAGGGAGACUUGGCUCAUCUACAAACACACCAAACUGUCACGAGAACGAGAUUACAGCCAAAUGCGGAUCCACCAGAGGAAACUGCUGCUGGCCAUCCACCGGCUGCACCAAGUGAAGAUGGAGAAGAAGAUACUGGCCGAUCAGGGCAACACGCUCGUUGAUUUUUGCAAGAUGCAGAGCCUGAUGUACGACGUGCUGGCGGAGGUGCAGGGCUGCAGGGGAGAGUUGGACUCGCACAUCCACAGCCUGGAGAAGCACGUGGAGGAGCUGAGGGAAGGCUUCAGGAGCCUGAUGCCCCUCCUGUCCAACACUCUGUCCACACAGAACUCCUCCAUACGGCACCUCCUCAGGGAGAGGGAGAAGACAGAGACUGCAGGCGGGAGGGGAGGUGAUAGGUAGAGAGAAAGGAGGAGUCCAUUUGACAACAUUUUUCUGUAGCAGAGAAGCCGGAACACCAAACUGUAGGGUAGUCCACGGUGCUAAUUCUUAGUGCGUCUUUCCUGGAGUGACACCUGGAGACACUGACAGUAAAAUAAGCCUGAUGACUUUAAUAAAACCGGAUCAUGUUUGGGGACAACUUUCAGUCCUCCAAUCACUGAGCAACUUUCUAGAAGGAAAUUUAAAUAUAUUGUAAUAAACGUUCAAUCUUACAGCGUUGUGAAGUCAUUUCUAAUAACACAAACGUGACUUCUUUGGGAUUUAAUAUCCUCACAGAUUAAAAAACACUGAACUCAAUUCAUUCUUACAACCAAAACCAUUUAUUGAGAGAGACGGGUUUGGAGGGUGGAGUUACAGCAACAUGUGAUCUCAUUAUGAGAAAUCAGUCUUCACGUCUCGUCACAGAUCAGACUGCUGAGCUUUCCGCUGCCGAUAUCAACCGUCCUUCCCCUCCUCUCCA